GUUCCUAGCCCUCUACUGUCUCCCACCACAGCCGCUGUCCGGGACGGUUCUUCCUUCGAUGGAGUCGAGGCCUCGUCCCUCAACGCCUGGAAGCCAUACUACCUGACUACACUCGAGGCAUUACCAACCAAUGUCCGUGCUAGGAUCCCUGCGCGAGGAGAGAUGACGACUUUCAGCCUCAAUUUCCUGUGCGCCUUUCUUGGCGGAAUUUCGUGGUCUCCAGGUCUGAUGUACAUGAACUCAAACAGCGAACGUCCUCUCCUGAAGAACCGCACCUACUAUAUGAUCGAUCCGACCUACGAGCCGUACUUGCCCAAAGCUCCUGGGGGACAUGGAGCUAAGUUGACCGCUUUCUUCAACAAGGCUCCGGAGGAAGUGUUUGACAACCUCCCGGAAGGCACCAACUCGUACACCAACGUGCCCAUGUUCGUUCAAGUCACGCCAGGCCGCUACGCGUACUUCGGCAACUACUCCCAGACGCGUUGGUCAGACAAGCUCGAUAACGACACCAUGAAGGCCCAUGUGCCUCAGGAGGUCAAGAAGCACAUUGCAGUAGAUCUAACUCACUCGGCCCGCGAGGCCUGGUUCACUCGAGAGCUGAAGAAGCACUUCUUCCCCAAACCCAGUUACGAAGGUGCCAUCCUGCUCCCUACUAGCGACGAUGCUACCACUCGCACGAUCGAUGAGGAGAAGCACAACAAACUGGUCGCGAGCGACGUCAAGGACUACGUUCACGAGCUUGUUGAAUGGGAGCGUGAGGCCGACAUGAGGACCGCCAUGAUCAAGGCCGGCCUCAUUCUCAACGCCUUUGACGCCGCUGACGCUGACGACUCGCCGGCUCUGCGCCUCUGGUGGGAGUACCUCGAGUGCGUUGAUUGGAAGGUAGACUUCUACAACAUGCUUGUGAACUUGCAGGCUCGUGAAAUCAACUCCAAGUAA